AUGACGCCCGCCCAGUGUGGCAACGGCCACGCUCAUCGGGAGGCUGGAGGCGAGGAGGUCCCGCAGGACGAUGACACCGUUUUGCAGUCCUUCUCGGGCGUCGUACUGAAGCGAUCGAGCUCGGACGCAGGAUGGCCCGGAUCCUUGCAGUGCACCAAGAGUGCCUUGUCGUGGCUUCCUCAAGAGGGCGGCCCGCCCGCGCUCGCACUGCCCUUCACCGAAAUUGCCAUGCAUGCGGUGGUGAGCGGCACUGGGGACCAGGCGGCCUGCCUGUACCUCCAGCUCGCUGGCGGCGACAGCGACUACGAAGAUGAGGCGGAGGAGGAAGGGGAGGGUGCCUCGGAGGUGUGGCUCAUCCCCUCCGAUCCCGCCCUGGUAGAGCCCUUGUUUGCUGCCCUGAGCGAGGGCGCGGAGAGGAACCCCGACGACGGCGAGGAGGGAGAGGACGAGGAGGGCGGCAUCUUCUUCGAUGAGGAGGAGGUCUUGGCGGGCACGGAUGCUGCACUGCAUCGCCUGGAGAUCGAAGAGGCUUUGGGAGGAGACCCAAACCGGUUCAGCGAUGCCGAUGAGGAUGAGGAGGGGAUGUGA